AGAACUGCCAGUAUUUAAGAGGUUGCAGGAAUGAGCUGGGGAGUGCUUUUGCUUUCUGUACACACGAGGGCUGUCAUUUGAUUUGGGGAUUACCAACCGAAGACAGAGCGGAGAAGGGGGACAGAAACCUCACAGGUUCCAGCCGCCACCAUGUGCUAUGGCAAGUGCGCCCGAUGCAUCGGACAUUCUCUGGUGUGGCUUGCCGUCCUCUGCAUCGUAGCUAAUAUUUUGCUUUAUUUUCCCAAUGGGGAAACCAAGUAUGCCUCUGAUGACCACCUCAGCCGCUUCGUGUGGUUCUUUUCCGGCAUCGUGGGAGGGGGCGUGCUGAUGUUCCUGCCGGCGUUUGUCUUCAUCGGGCUGGAGGAGGAAGACUGCUGCGGCUGCUGUGGCCAGGAGAACUGCGGCAAGAGAUGCGCGAUGCUCUCUUCGGUCCUGGCAGCUCUCAUCGGAAUUGCAGGGUCCGGCUACUGCGUCAUCGUGGCAGCUCUGGGCCUCGCGGAAGGACCCCUGUGUCAGGAUUACCUCGGCCAGUGGAACUACACCUUUGCCAAAACCGAGGGACAGUACCUGAUGGACACCUCCACCUGGUCCCAGUGCAGGGAGCCUAAGCACAUUGUGGAGUGGAAUGUAACUCUCUUCUCUAUCCUCUUGGCUCUUGGUGGAAUUGAAUUCAUCUUGUGUCUCAUUCAAAUAAUAAAUGGAGUGCUUGGAGGCAUCUGUGGCUAUUGCUGCUCUCGCCAACAGCGAUAUGACUGCUGAAAGAACCACCCAGACAAACCACAGGCUUCCUCUAUUUCAUUGUAAUUUAUAUAUUUUACUUGUAUUAUUGUAAAACUUUGUACUAGUGUAUCAUACUCUGCAUAUUCUACUUUUAUAAAGGUGUAUAAAAACUGGCGUCUUCACAUGACGUCAGUGUUUGAACUUAAACUUUUUUUUUUUUU